AUGUCCCUAUCGCCUACAACGUCGAACGAGUACGAGCCGACGACGGGAAAGCGGCGCCGGACGUCCUUCACAGUCAGCAGCCAGCGCUCAGAAAUGGCGCACUCGCCUCAGGAAUCUAGCUCGGGCCAGGCCAUUGCACCUCCUGUCCCGCCUGGUCACAUCCCCAAGCGGGGCGCGCGGGCCUGCACUGCCUGCCGCAAAGGCAAGAACAGGUGCGAGGGAGAGUCCCCUUGUCGACGAUGCCAAUUGAGUGGUACUCCCUGCGUCUUCGAAAAGCCAGAAAAGAAAAAUGCACAGGUCUUGUCUGGUGCUAGCACCGAACGUCUCUCGCGCUUGGAGGGCCAAUACCUUGUCAUGCAAAGCCAAAUGAUUGGGAUGCAGUCGUCUCUCGACCGUAUUCUGUCUGCAAUAAUACAACAGAGCCAGGCUACUUCUGCGCUCGUGCAACAGUCUGUGUAUACGAAUGGUGGGCCAUCCGCCAUCCCGCCGAUCCGCAACGGUAUGGACAUGUACGGCUCCCCCGGCCCUUCGGACGGGCCGCCGGUACGGCAGAACAGGUCGUUCCCGCCAUUGCCCGGCUUUGCGCCGCCGCCACACAAGUACGCGACCUAUGGUAUUGUACCAAGUACGGCGCCAUCAUCAGAUGACGAGUCCGAAGACACGCUACCGAGGGCCACGUUAAACGCGCCGAUUGAGGCGUUGCAAGGCCUAGCGAACGCCGCCGCUGAAGCCGCUGCCGCCCCGUCCGCUUCCCCACCUCGUAUGAAGAAGAGAAAGAAGGCUGAGCCCACGCCGCGUAAUGCCUUCCCUCACGUUGUCGAGAAGGGCCUCGUGUCAGACAGCGAAGCAAGAGAGUUAUUUCACAUCUUCUUCUCCGGCUGCCACUACUUCAUCCCUUGUUUCGACCCUACAUACGAUACAUAUGACGCCUUACAAGAACGUACGCCAUGGACGUUCGAUGCCAUGCUUGCGAUAGCCAGCAAGAUCCGUAGUGGGACAGGUCCGCUCAGUUCCACGUUUUACAAGUGCUUGGAAGAGGCGCAGGGCAUCGCUCGGUCUACCCUCUUCGGUCCUGUGGUGCGGAAGGAGGCGGUGCAAGGUAUGCUGCUUCUCGCUGCUUGGAGCACGAAUGGUUGGCUACCUAGUGGACAUGCUAUGCGCAUGGCUCUCGAUCUCGGAUUACAUCGGGCAUUGGAGAAGCUAGCCGACCCGGAAAGCUCAAAGAAGCGGACAGAAGAGGAGGAGCGCAAUCUAGUCGUAUCUGCUCGCAUCUGGCUUUGCCUGUACUGGUUUGAUCACCAGAUGAGUCUUGGGACGGGGCGCCCAGUGGUCUUGCGAGACGAGAGUUCUAUCAAACAUUGCCGCUUACUGUUCACACAUCCUAUGGCCUCCGUUACCGAUGUUCGUCUCAUAUCUCAAGUGGAGUUGAUCGCCCAAAAGACCCAGAUAUACGAGACAUUGUCCCCUCUCAACGGUCAAGUGAACCACAACACAUUGGCGUUCAUACGUCGCGCGAACAUCGCCUUGGACAAGUGGUGGCAAGACUGCGAUGAACUUCACCGAGCAACGAUGGACGAAGACGCUUUACCGCGGAAGAUUCUUGCCGGCGAGCUUCAUUACGCCAAGCUGUGGCUUGUUUGCGUUGCGCUUCGUGGUACCUCCUGGGACAAAAUGCCUUUCGAGCAGCGGGAGCUUGCCUUCCAGGCUAAGGAUGCUGCAUCCGCCUGUCUCUCGAACCUCCUCAACUCGCCUACAUAUAGGGCUGCUCUGCGGUAUGCUGUGCACGAUAGUCUCGUGACAGCUGCUUUCUCUGGCCUCUUCUUGCUGAAGAUGGCCAACCUGUACCCAGCGGAACUGGAUCUCGCAGCAAUCACUAUGCAAGUCGAGCAGCUGGCGGAGCUGUUGUCCGAGGUGGCCGCUGAGAGAUACGCGUUGACGCUGCGCGUUAUGCUCGCUAGCCUCAAACGCAAGCUUGGUCUGGGAACGGGACCGUCAGCAAUGCCUGGAGGGCAGGACAUGAUGGCUCCGCCUGCAUUUAUUGACCCGGCCAUCAUGCCGCAACUGCAGUUCACAGUGGAAGAGCUCGGCAUGUUGCCGGGCUCGCUACCAAAUGACCGCGCGAUGUUUAGUCCAUCCGCGAUACCAGUCUGGCUGCAAGAACAGGCGAGUCCUGAUAGCUUGACGGACCUUGGGCUCCCGUCCAAUGGGUCUGACGGCAUGUUCCUGCAGAUGGGGCGUAUGAACGGCUGGAUGGGUGAUUUCCCCCCCAUGCCGGAGGCGUGGUGA